AUGGAGCCCUACUAUGAGCCAGACUCCGAGUUUCGUGAGCCGCUCACGGACGUGGAUGCGUUCCUCGACAGUGCGCGGUACAACGAGACUGGCGACCUGGAUCUGCUCAAGGCGUACCUGGAGAAGAACCCAAGCGAGGUUGACGCGCGGGAUGAGCAGGGCCGCACAGCAGUGCACAUGGCCGCCGCGAAUGGCCACAUGGCCAUCUUGGAGAUGCUCUUCCAGUUUGACCCCCAACCGAAUGUCCCGAAUGACGAGGGCAACACGGCUUUACACUUUGCUGCGCUGAACAACCGUGUCGCUGCGGCGGAGGCGCUGCUAGCACACGGGUGGAGGCCGGCUGAGCAGAACAUCAUGGGCAAGACCGCGCUGCAGCUCAUCUACGAGAAGCAAUACAACGAGAUGGAGGCGCUGCUCAUGAGCCGAGAUGAGACGCUCGACACGUAUGUCCCGCCCAUCCAGGCUUCCGUGAGCCUCGACCUCCCAACCAAGGAGGGGGACGAGGAAGAGAACGACGAGCGAGACGAGGAGCCAAGAGAGGAGGCGAAGGCGGCGCCAGAGCGCAGGGUGCCGCGGGCACCCAUAGCACCUGCAAAGAAGAUUGCACCAGCGGCAAGCAAGGCACCUCGCCCUCUCGUGCCGGUGGAUGCAACAACCGCGGUGCAGAUGCUUGGCUCUGCCUCUGUGGACGCUAUCGAGUAG